ACCAGGGUGAAAGGUCAGGCGCGCGCGGCACUCCCAACAUGGCGGCGGCCAGCGCGGGGGCGGCGCGCAGCCCGGGACCCUCGGCGAGGACGGAAGCCCGAGCCCGGCACCCGGCGCCCGGGCGACCCGCGCGGCUACCCCCGCUGCUGGUGCUGCUGGCGGCGGCGGCGGCGGCGGCGGCGGGGUCGGGCGCGAGCGGCGCGGCGCGCCUGUACCGCGCGGGCGAGGACGCCGUGUGGGUGCUGGACAGCGGCAGCGUGCGCGGGGCCACGGCCAACAGCUCGGCCGCGUGGCUCGUGCAGUUCUACUCGUCGUGGUGCGGCCACUGCAUCGGCUACGCGCCCACCUGGCGAGCCCUGGCGGGGGACGUGCGAGACUGGGCUGCUGCCAUCCGCGUCGCCGUCCUGGACUGCGCGGAAGAAAGAAACCAUGAGGUGUGCCGCGCCUAUGACGUCCACUUCUACCCCACCUUCCGGUACUUUAAAGCAUUUACAAAGGACUUUACAAGUGGAGAAAAUUUUAAAGGGCCCGAUAGAGAGCUGCAGACAGUGAGGCAGACGAUGAUUGACUUCCUGCAGAACCACACUGGCAGCGACAGGCCUCCCGCGUGCCCGCCUUUGGGCCCCGCCUGGCCUGGAGACCUCCUGUCCCUCUUUGACAACCGUGCCGGCCGUUACGUGGCGAUCCUAGUUGAAAGCAACGGCUCCUACAUCGGGCGUGAGGUGAUUUUGGACCUGAUUCCGUAUGAGAACAUCGUGGUGAAGAGAGUGCUGGACACGGAUAAGGCCUUUCUGGAGAGACUCGGUGUUUCUUCUGUUCCUUCCUGUUACUUGAUUCACCCAAAUGGGUCACAUGGAUUAAUUAACGUUGGGAAGCCUCUCCGGUCAUUUUUCUCCUCUUAUCUGAAGUCAUUGCCGGAUGUGAGGAAAAAGUCACUUUUGUUGCCUGGAAAGCCGAAUGCAGAGGAACAUCCUGAAGUUGUGGUUUGGAGAGAAUUUGACAGGUCGAAACUGUACACGGCAGACCUCGAGUCAGGGCUGCACUACCUCCUGAGGGUGGAGCUGGCCGCCCACCAGUCCCUGGCCGGGGCCGCGCUGAAGACACUCAAGGACUUUGUGACUGUCCUCGCCAAGCUGUUCCCCGGGAGGCCGCCCGUCAGGAGGCUGCUGGAAACGCUGCAGGAGUGGCUGGCCAGCCUUCCCCUGGACAGGAUCCCCUACAAUGCCGUCCUCGACCUGGUCAACAACAAGAUGCGGAUUUCUGGAAUAUUCCUUAUGAAUCACAUAACAUGGGUUGGAUGUCAAGGAAGCCAACCAGAACUGCGGGGCUACACGUGUUCUCUCUGGAAACUGUUCCACACUUUAACCGUUCAAGCCGGGACCCACCCAGAAGCGCUGGAUGGCACAGGCCUUGAAGACGACCCCCAGGCAGUGCUGCAGGCUGUCAGGAGGUACAUCCGCACCUUCUUUGGGUGUAAGGAGUGUGCUGACCAUUUCGAGGAAAUGGCUGAAGAAUCCAUGGACUCUGUGAAAACCCCAGACCAAGCGAUUCUCUGGCUUUGGAGGAAACAUAAUGUGGUGAACAGCCGCCUGGCAGGCCAUCUGGGUGAGGACCCCAAGUCUCCAAAGGUCCCGUGGCCCACUCCCGACCUCUGCCCAGCCUGCCAUGAGGAAAUUAAGGGCCUGGACAGCUGGAACGAGGGCCAGGUGCUCCUGUUCUUGAAGCGGCACUAUAGCAGCGACAACCUCGUGGACACAUAUUCUGCAGCCCUGGGCGAUGCCAGCCAAGGUGUGGCGCAGGGGAGAGGCCGCACUUCCCUGGAGAGGCCUCGCAGAGACCAUGGUGCCGGGAGUCUCCGUCCGCCCAGACCCCACCCAUCAGUGACGCUCGAGAGUCUUAGCGGGGCUGCCGUGCCCUUCCUGGGCGUGGGCUUCUCCAGCCUGGACAUGAGCCUCUGUGUCGUGCUUUAUGUGGCCUCAUCCUUGUUCCUGAUGCUGAUGUACUUUUUCUUCCGGGUGCGGUCCAAACGAUGGAAAGUCAGACACCACCCGGCCGUGUAGGACUGAGCGAGACCUCAGUGCGCCUUUGGAAAUGAGCCCUACCGUGCCACCUGCAGCUUUAAUAUUUAAGUUCAGGGAUUUUACAAACAAGUUGGGUGUGGCUCCACAUCGUGUGGUGCUUCUGGCCCCUGGGUUUUGUUUCAGAGACGGGCUGGCCUCUGUCUGGGACUGUCUGCAUGCCUGGAAACCCCGGAUGCCUUUACAGACCCUAUAGCAAAAGGACUUCUGUAUGUUUACUCUUCUAGGCCAAAAACCUGGAGUGGGAAUCCAGGCCAGAGGCACAGAAUUUGUCCUGCCCACCCCACUCUCAUCUCACAUUUACUACAUGGCCCAUCCUGUUCUGCAAGGCUUGGCUUGGGAUUUGGAGAACAAUUGAGCCCUUCCCCCAACGGGGUGCUACAGGGCCAUCGUGCAGCCAGGCUGGAGCAGAGCCAGAGCAGGUACCCUCCGGAUGCAACCCCUUCCUGGCUGCUCCCUGAAGCCACUCGUGUUCUCAGGGAUGCGUUUGGUGUUUGGUUGUUUCUGCUCAAGUCCCAGAACAUCCCCUCAGGCAGGCCCUGCCGCAGCUCCGCACCAGGAAGGGGCCUCUGGGCUCCUGCGCACUGUGCUCCUGCGGAGCUUUACUCCGACCAGGCCUGGGCAAGGGGCAGGGGAGCCCACAGGUAUGUGGGUUUGCUGCAUUUCAAGAAACAGCCACAGAGGCCUCAUGAAGAGACCUGGGGUUAGAAGGGGCAGUAUGGUAGCCUGUUUUAUGCUGAGGUAGUGCCUUCAUUUGUUAAUCUGGUGAUGAGAGCACUGUCCCAACCUGCCUGUCCUUGCCAAGCACUCUGGGCAUCCCUGCCGGGGGGCCGAAAAGACCAAGGGGUGGUCUACUUUUCCAGGGACGGGGUUCCCAGGGGGUCUCUAAAGGAGCCCUUAGUCCACUGGGUGGCUCACCAUCUGGCAUCUGCAGGCACCGCUUUUUAACUAACAAAGGUUCAUAACCAGGGGUUCAGUGGACACCCAUGGUCUCUGUGCACAUUUAAGAUCAAACUUCAUUUGCCUGAAGCUGUUUUACAAAGGAUCCUGGCACAGGGCCCAUUCUUCCAGGCUUUGGUCAUUAAUUUUGUACCAUUAAAUGAUUUUAACACAUUAUUUGUAAAACCCAAAACAUUUAGAGGUAAAUUGGCCUCUGAAGGUGUACAUGAACACACGCACGCACACGCACACACGCUCUGCCUGGGUAUGCACCCACUGAUACCCUCUGUGGCCGCUGGUUCCUGUCACGAGCUCAGCUGCAGCCACACACCAGCAAGUGUGUGCAUCACCAGGAGACUGUGAACGGCUUUUCCGCUUUGCCUGGUUCAUACCUGUCUGCUUGGGGUAUAUUUGUAAGACUCCUGCAACAUCAGUGUCACUGUCGUGGUCUGGGGAAACCAGACAGCCUAGUCCUGCAGCACUGGGGUCAGAGGGGAGCAGGCGGCGCCAGUCAGAAGCCACCUGUCACCAGAGGUGUCUUCUUGCUGAUGCUUUUUUACCCAUCGAAGACUGUGAUGUAAGACCCGUGAUCUUGUCUGCACAGCUAGUUGUAUGUCCGGGUUAUUGAAGACCUCAUACUGUUUCUUUUCAACUUGAAACUGGAGACAGCUUUACACACAGAAUUCCAAGGGAAAUAUGUAGAACCAUUCAUUACACUGCCUUUUGGUUCACGUCGAAUGUCUUUCUCCUGAAGCGAGUAGCCGGUGUGACCCCGGAUGAAGGUGCCGUGUGCCAUCCUGUGCGGCAGUCCUGGCUCUCCAGGGACACAACCGUUGACGCUGGAGGUUACCACUGCUUGACAGACAAGCUUACGGCUUCCUGAUGGGCAGGGUUUCUGUGGACCGUUGGUGGUCAGGGACAGCUAAGGGCUGGGGGCCGCGGGAAGUGUGUCUCAUGUACACGUGUGGACACUGUUGCUCACCUCGUGUGGCCUGCUUAGAACUGGACACUACCUUUAGGCGGGGUUUCAGGUCUGUUUUCUGAAGUUGUAAGUAUUGAGACUAAUGAAUAUAAUAGUUUGGUAAUUUAAAUGUGUAUUUAUUUUUAAUGGAAGGAUUUUGAUUAAAAAGAAGCUAAUUGAUACAGAAAUGUCAGUGACAUUUCUCCGUACAAGGAAGGUGAACAUUUUGUAUUUAAACUAUAAUGUGCACAUUUUAAAAAUAAAGAAAUCUGAUAUUCGAAA